AUGGUGGCGUUGAUCGUGGUGAAGAGGUGGAGAGGGCCCGAGAAGGACAUAAACACCAAAAGCUACAUAUUGAUUAAUGAGACGAAGACUUGGCGUGAUGCUCAGACCCACUGCAGACAGAACUACAUUGACCUGGUCAGUGUAAGGAACCAAACUGAGAAUGAAAAGAUCAGGAAUAUGAUUCAAAGUUCUUCUUUUUCUGGCUUUUGGAUCGGUCUGUUUAAUGAGUCCUGGAAAUGGUCAGAUCAGAGUAAUUCCUCAUUCAGAUACUGGAGCUCUAACAAAUCCAGUGGAGAUUUGAACUGUGCUGCAGUGAAUGUGUCUGAUCAACUCUACUGGAGUGAUGUGGAUUGUACAGAAAAACUUCCAUUCAUCUGUAAUAAGAAGAAAUUGAUCCUGAUCAGGCAGAAACUGACCUGGCAGAAAGCUCUGAAUUACUGUAGGGAGAAUUAUUAUGACCUGGUCUCAGUGCUCACUCAGGAGAUGCAGCUCUGGGUGAAGGAAGUGGCUCAAAACGCCUCCACUGAACACGUGUGGCUCGGCCUGCAUUAUGACUGCAUCCAGAGUAUCUGGUUCUGGGUUUUUGGAUCAAUAAUCUGCUACCAGGACUGGGAACUGAAAAACAGGACGUUGAAUGAAGACUGCAGCCAAGAGAAGAGAAGUGGAGCAAUGCAGUCUGGAGGAAAACAGCAAUGGAUCGACUUGCCUGAGAGCUCUCAACUCAACUUCAUCUGCUCUACCUAUGACGGUUAG